AUGUCCAUGAAGUUUCACUACAAGUGCUGUUAUUGCGACGACCUCUUUCACGACAAUGGUGACGAAGAAGACCAAGAUCUUGAACCAUGCGAUGACGCCAAUUGCAAAGAAUACGAGGACGAGCCCCCCAAGAAGGGCCGUAGUGGAGUUAGGAAGAAGAAGAAUGUUAUCGUUCGAGACAAAUACAUUUGUAUCACUUGCAUGAAGUCCAUCUAUCCAAGACCACAGUUCGGUCGACUCUUCGGUCUAGGACUGGUAGGAAAAUACGCACCUAUCGCCUCUCGUUCGAUCUUUGGAGACCCGAAGUGGCCCGAAUAUCCACCUGGAUGGAACUUUCACUGGAGUCCAGAAAUCUUGAUUAUGGGAGCGAGAGCUAGGAAGUGGGCUAAUUAG